GUUAUCUUUUCUCCUCACGUAGCGGAGCUUCAACUGUCAACACGGACUGAGGACGAAACAAACCUGCGCAGCUUUUCUCCCACACUGAAGAAAGAAUGACACAAGGGCCGACACUUCAUCUACCCGCAAUUUCCCCGGAAUAAAACUUAAUAUUUGACUUUUUUUCUGGCUGUGGUUAACGUCGGGGUUUGGACGGAGGGAUGCCGGUGGAGAGCGGGAGCAGCGCCGCCGCCCGCCAGGCCAAGCAGAAGAGGAAGUCUCACAGCCUGUCGAUCCGCAGGACCAACAGCACCGAGCAGGAUCGCUCCGGCCUGCAGAGAGACAUGCUGGAGGGACAGGACUCCAAACUGCCUCUGUCUCUGAGGAGCAAUCUAAUGGACAUGUUCAGUCAGAUCGAGAGGGAGUUUGAAAACCUCUACAUAGAAAACCUGGAAUUGCGCAGAGAAAUCGAAACGCUCAACGACCGUUUGGCUGCAGAAGGACAGACUUUCGAAGGGGCAGAUUUAGCCAAAGGAGCCCUGAAAACAAAAGCGAGUCAUAGCACCAGCCAGCUGUCACAAAAACUAAAGACGACCUACAAGGCUUCCACAAGCAAGCCGCGUUCAAACUCUUGCCAUGCCAGAGUAGGUGGAUCCCGCAACUUCAGCGUAACCAGUUGGGAGUUGUGGGGUGGAGACUCAUGGAUCGUCUCCAGUUUCAAAGCAACCACGUCCAGAGCCGUGUGCCAGCUGGUCAAGGAGUAUGUCGGCCACAGAGACGGCAUCUGGGACCUGAGCGUCACCAGGACGCAACCUGUGGUCCUCGGUACUGCGUCUGCAGACCACACUGCGAUGCUGUGGAGCAUUGAGACGGGAAAGUGCCUCCUCAAAUAUUUGGGCCAUCAAGGAUCAGUUAACUCCAUCAAGUUCCACCCCACUGAACAGAUGGCUCUAACAGCCUCUGGAGACCAGACAGCUCACAUCUGGAGAUACAUGGUGCAGCUGCCGACUCCACAGCCUGUUGCUGAUAUCAGUCAGACUCCCUGCGAAGACGACGUGGACUUCUCGGAUAAAGACGAGGCGGAUGGCGAGAUCGAGGGUCCAAACGACUGUCCUUCUAUCCGUGUGGCGACCACGACUCUGCGCAGCCAUCAGGGAGUGGUGAUCGCUGCUGAUUGGCUGGUAGGAGGCAAACAGGUUGUGACGGCCUCCUGGGACCGAGCCGCUAACCUGUAUGACGUGGAGACCUCAGAGCUGGUCCACUCCCUCACUGGCCAUGACCAGGAGCUGACCCACUGCUGCACACAUCCCACCCAGCGCCUGGUGGUCACCUCAUCCAGAGACACCACCUUCAGACUGUGGGACUUCAGAGACCCGUCCAUCCACUCUGUCAACGUGUUCCAGGGACACACAGACACCGUGACGUCUGCUGUGUUCACGGUGGGAGACAACGUGGUGUCUGGGAGCGACGAUCGAACCGUCAAAGUGUGGGACCUGAAGAACAUGAGGUCGCCCAUAGCAACCAUCCGCACAGACUCCGCCGUCAACAGGAUCAGCGUGUCGGUGAACCAGAGAAUCAUCGCCCUUCCUCACGACAAUCGGCAGGUCCGGCUGUUCGACAUGUCCGGGGUGCGACUGGCUCGACUCCCACGAAGCAACAGACAGGGUCACCGGCGUAUGGUGUGCUGCUCCGCCUGGUGUGAAGACAACGCCUCCUGCAACCUGUUCACCUGCGGCUUCGACCGGCAGGCCAUCGGCUGGAACAUAAACAUCCCCGCCCUGCUGCAGGAGAAAUGACCUCCACCUCCUCCCGCUGUCUCCUCACAGUGAAACUCCACCCCAAAGUCUGUCUCUGGAGCAUCAAACACUCACAUCCUGCAGGCUUAAAAGACGGCGUUAAAAAGGGUUUCAUGCUUCUUUUUGUCUGUGAACACUUUGUCACAUGUUGUUGUAACCGAUGGAAGAUCACUUUGACUUUUAACAGCUGUCUUUUGAGUCUACAGGAGGUCAGUAUUUGACGGGUCUGUCCUCCCCCAGACUGGGGCAGGAAAGAAAAAGGACAUGUGCUCGCUGCCUGAAUCUGUCACGCUGUCUAACUCACCACGCCAAUAUACACACAACACAUUUGUGUGGUGGGGUUUAAGCGAUUCCUCGCCAUCCAAAACAAAACAAAAAAACAUGUACCACUGAUGAAAAAAAGCACAAAGACCUAACACGGGAAGUUCUUCUUUGUUGAAAACUAAAAUGCAUUUUGCUGACACUGAAGUUAGAUAAGUGAGCACAUAUCUGCUUAAAGCUACAAUACAGAAAAUCUAAUCUGUGCCACUAACAGCAGAUUAUUGUUUGGACCAGGGUGGCGGUCUGAUGCUGAGUUAUUCUGUGAUAAUUUGCCAUUUAGCUUCUGCUUUACUUAAAUUUCCAGAUUUCUGUGAUUGCAGAAGUACAAAAUGGCAGCUCGAGAAAGAAGCCCACACUCUUACUCUGAGGAACUGACCCUAAAAUCUUUUUGAGUCUCUCAAACCUUUUCUGCUUCUGGAAAUAACUUGACAAGACAUGCAAUGUCUAAAUUGGGUUUGGCUAGUUUUGGUUAGCUUGUUGUUUUUAAAAGUGGAUUUUUCCUCUUGAUUCCAAAAUGUUUUGGCUUAACAUCUGUAAUACACAUAAUAAUGUUACAAUCACUUCAUCAGAGUAGUUUAAAAAAAAAAAAUGAAUCACAUUUUGGAACGAAGCUCUUGUUUUAUUCAGUCCCUCCAAGAAUAUGUGAUCACAACAAUUCAACCAAUUCCUCUGAGUUCUGCACAACGUUGCAGUUUUGUCCAAUCACCUUAACUUUUCCCAAAAAGACCUAUCAAUUUAGUUUCCUGUCAUAUGUCACCAAACUAGCUUCAUUCUUUGUAGUUGUGACGAUGCAGACGUACGACGCAAAGGUCUCACAUUUACCCUCAUAAUCCUGAUGAAGCCUUUUUGGUUACUUGGAGCAUUUCGAGAGUUCUUACCUGGAAAUCACUGGAACAAAUUAACUUUUAUUUUUAACGAAUUAUACAAAAACAAAUCACAACUAAUUGCAUUUAUAUAGAAAAUCUGCAGUGAAAUCAGACAUUUGAGGCUGCAACAAUCCCAAAAAAAGCCCACAAAAUCCUGGAGGGACUGCUUGUUUAUCACAGCUCGAGUCUGUGUGUGAUACAGUAAUGCACUUUUUCUGUGCAUUAAUACCAAUAGCUGUUACCUUUGCAGUUUCUGUAAAUAUCCAAGCACAGCUAGACUUUGGCACGUAACCCAAAGGGCUCUCAUGGUCCUGUUCUGUAGGAAGAAUGAAGGUGGCUGAUAAAGGAACUGAAAUUGGCUGAUUUCUCUUCUGUGGUGACCUAAAAAAAAAACUAUGAGUAAAACACUUCCUGUGCUGGCUGUGAUGCUUCGUUAGGACUAGAAUGGUUUGAAAACAGUAGCAUUGUACUGAUAUCACUAUUCUGGGCAGCUUUCAGACUGAACCUGAACAUUCAGUCACUCAGAGACACUAUAUUUCAGCUAUAUGUGACAUUUUUACUACUAUUUCCAAUCUACAUUUUUAAAUGUUAGUUAAUUUCACAACAAAUAAAUCACUGUUAAAACAUAAGUUAUAACUUAUUAGAUAAAUCAAAGUAAAGAUUUAUAAAAUGGUUCAUCUUGACUUCCUUAAAUCACAACUUUUAAGUGAUUUGAAUGUUAGUGUUCUGUCUAAAAGCCAUCCAGGACCAUGAUAUAUAUAGAAGACAGUCCUAUAGGAGGGCUGUGGUCAAAUGAGGUGCAAGCUACUGAAUUUGAACGAGUAUGGCUUCUCUCUAGUGCGGAUGGGUUUUCUUCCAGCACUGACACUGGUUGUGGCCUCUCUUCAGUUUGGAUAUGUUAGUAAUAAUAAUAUUAAUAAUAAAAAUUAUGAUAAUCUUUAUUUAUAUAGCACUUUUCAAAACAAGUUUACAAAGUGCUUCAAAAACAGAAAAUACACGGUGCAAUUACAAAUUAGAAUAAGUUCCAACGCAGUAAAUAGAAACAUUGAUAGUUAGUGAAGUGAAUAGUGAAUGAAAAUCUUAAAAAUAAAUGAGUAAAAGCUUAAAGCAGAAAAAUAAACUAAUUUUAAACCAUUUAAAAAAAAAAAAAAUCUUGUCUGAUUCCCAAUGGAAGUAUUAUUGUGGAGCCCAUUUGGACAAAUGCAAGAAAGGUCGAGGUUGCUUAGUGAUUUAGAAACGAGCAAUAAAAUGUUUAAAUCAAAUCUGAACACCAGUGCAAUGGGGGCAAGAAUAGAGGAAAUGUGCUCAUAUUUUUGAGUUCUUGUGAGAACUCUAGCUGCGGUAUUUUGUACAAGUUGGAGGCAGUUGAUUGUUUUCUGUAAUAAUGAGUUGCAGUAAUCCAGAUGGCUGGAGACAGAAGCAUGAAUGAGAGUUUGUGUAAUGAAAGAAAUUAUGUAAUACUCCUAAUUUGACCCGUAGCUGAUUUGGUGAUACGUCUUAAGUGUCCAAAUCAGAGAUUACACACAGAUUUCUGGCCUCAUGGGUGCACGGGAAACUCUGGGAAACACCAUCACCUCAGUUUUGACAUUGUUCAGCGUAAGGAAGUUUCUGGGCAUCCAAGAUCUUGAGGCUGCAGGACAGGCUGUGAGUUAGGUAACAGAGGUGAGAGAGAGUCUAGUAGAAAAUACUGUAUCGUCAGCAUAAAAUAGAAAGAAAUAUUGGACUUAACCAAGUAAAGGGCCAAGAAUAGACCCCUGAGGAACGCCGCAGGGGAUAUUUGCGUAGCUAGAGGAGACAUUACCAUUAUCGGAAAUUCCUGUCUAAAAUAUUUGGUAUUGGCGAGUACGCUUGUCUGCAAACCGAUCAGAUCUUGCUACUUCCUACACAACAGUGUCUCGUUGACCCAGGAUAGUGAAGUCAUGACCCGUCCUACUCUGAGAAAGGAUUAAACCUGAGCCAGGCCAUACAACAAUGACAGCAAUCAUACAGGUUUAGUAGUGUACGCCUAUCCAAAAACGAUAAUAUAUACACUACAUAUAUAUCUAUUUACACACGUAUCGGCUCUCAUUAUCGGCCGAUACACAAAGAAAAAAAAGGUAUCAGGACAUCUGUACUUAUAUGUGAUUGGUCACUCUGCUCACAGUUUUGGCGUCUGGAUCUCACUGUGUUUUUGUUUCUGUAAAGCCAUAAACCAGCCACUGUGUGUCUAGUAGAUGAAAAAAAGAGUAAACUCCUCGACCUGUUGACAGUUUAUUGUUAGAAACUGAUAAAUGUUUUACCCUCUAAUUUCGUGUUUCCAUUGCACGGUACGACUCGACUCUACUUCGAUUUCCACUGCAGAUCAUCACAGCGUCGUUAUUCCAGCAGUUGGGAUACAACACAUAGAGCUUCACUUUGGGAAGCUGCAGCCUUUAUUGGUUGACGCACUGUAACCUACACUGUACAUAUACUGCCAGAUCAACAACUUCACUGCUCUUGUUUUCCUCUGCACUGCUCGAGUUCACCGUCACUGUCACAGCACUGAGGUACUGUUAAUAGGUACCAGGUUUAACCAGGAGAAACCAAAAGUCGAGUAGAGUCGUACCAUGCAAUGGAAAGGCGGGUUAAGACCUGUGUGCAGGGAGGAAAGGUGAUUUCAGAGUUUCUGUAUGUGCGCAAAUUAAAUCUUUUAGUCUCUUAAGAGCAACAAGUUUCUCCAAACACAAACAGGAAAAUGUAAAAAAGGUCUUGUUUAGCGUCAAAAAAAGGCUUCAGGGAAUUUGGUCGACUGGUCUCUUAAUAAUUAAAGUAUAUAACAAGAGCAGCGAAUUUUAAUCACUCGACUCAUUAAAUAGAACAUUUUAAAAUUGUGCACUUUAAAUAAUAAGUGAGACUAUUCUCUAAAGUAAAUGCAUCUAUUGGCUCCCUUUUUUAUCACCCUGAGCUCAAUCUUACAAACUAAUUCUAACCAGUUUUCAAGAAGAUUGUCUCAUUUGUCCAUUAAGAUAAAAUUUAAUUUAAAAAACUACCAAUGAAACUGCUUUAACAUACCGUGUCUAUUAACACUGUGAUAACUAAAGUGACCAUUGGACCAAACUGAGCCUGUGGAGUCCUUUAAAGGUCCAGUGUGUAACAUUUAGGAGGAUCUAUUGGCAGAUUAUAUUCACAGGUAUGUUUUUAUUCAGUAUAUAAUCUGAUAAUAAGAAUUAUUGUUUUUGUUAUCGUAGAAUGAACCAAACACUGGCUCUAGAUUGGACCUUUCGUGGCCACCGUAGUUCCUCCUACACGCUUGAAAAACUAAAUCUUACACACUGGUCCUCCAAAGUAUGAGUUAGUAUGAUAGAGUGAGUUGUCUUGUGAAGGCUUUUUCUUGCAGAUUAAAAAAAAAAAUAAUGGAAAAAUAGAUUAAAAAUGUAAAACUGGCGUCAAAUUUGAAAUAUUUAGCAACUGAUGUUGAAUGAAACAUUUCCCUGUGAUGCACUGCCUGCUGUUGUACUAAUACUUGACAUGAUUGUAAAAAAAAAAAACACCUCUUUCUCUAGUUAAUCGCAGUGCCCUUUAGUCAUUAGUGUUGUGGGAAUAUUCUGUCAUUUUUUGUUACGGUACUUUUAAAACUAGUGAAAAUCUCAAGAGUGUCGUGAUGCGUUUUUGCUGUCACCUGCUUUGCUUUCCCACUGCCACUAAAAUAGUCUGCCAAAGCUGCAUUCAAGUGAAUGGGAGAGGCUGUAAUGAUGUGUGUGUGUGUGUGUGUGUGUGUGUGUGUGUGUGUGUUUGACAUGAUUUCACUACAACACGAGAACAAAGUCUAGUGUGUCUGUCCGUGUGUUGAAUCCAGAUUGACGUCUAAAUAAGUGGUUAAUGUUGUGGUUAACAGGCGGCUCUACGUUUCGCCUGCUGUACAACCGUCGUACCAAUGUCGUACGUGUGUCUUCAACGGUUAACGGUGGUAACACGAUGAACAAGCACACAGUUUAUUUCAACCUGAUUGUUGAGUCUAGCUUUUAGCCGUGUCGAGGUGGUUUGUAACUAAAAGUGUUCAUUGGAGCAACUACAUUGACGUGAUGAUGGGUAGAAACAUGAAUAUCCACAGUUUCUAUGUGUGUGAACACUUUACAGCUGCCUUUUCGCAGCGUAUUAGCCGAGUGAAAUGUGUUUCUAACAAUAGAAAAUUGAUUAUUAUGAUAAAUACCAUGUUUGAUGAAAUGAAUUAGACCUUUGACAGCAUCAAGAUAAAAUAAAUGUCGAUUUUUCACUAAACUAAAGAGAUUACUUGUAAAAAGGCAAAUGUAAAGUGUUAAAAACCUCUCACUUUAAAACCAUAACAUUUGUAUCAUAUAAAUUGUAAUAUAUGAAGAAAGUAGUUGGUUUGGCUGUAUAGUGUAUUUCAACUGCAGCAGUUUUAUUAGCCUUUAUAACUUGAUGAUCCUGCAUUUGUUUUUAUUUUGUAUAAAUCCAUUUUUAUUGCUUCAUGAUGGAUGAUUUUAGUUCAUCUGUCGAAGGCUUUACACUCACACAAGUUCACUUUGUCAUUUUUACCAGGGAUGGUGAAUGUAAUGUCUUUGUUUCUUGGUCCAAAAGACUCAACUUUCAUAUAAAUUUUUUUUUAAAGUAUUAUACUUAUCAGGUUUGUUUUGCUAGUAGUUAUUUAUAUUAGUUAUCAGGUGUGAUUGUUUAUAUUUUUCACUGUAGGAACAUUUAAGAUCUGUUUAUUUCCUCCAGCUGCAAUGAGAUAUUUAAAAAAAACAACUUGUGACCAGAGACCGUUGAAGUCGUCCCUGGUUUAACUGACAAAACAUUUAGUUUGUGUGAAGAGAAUUUAAAAGCUGUGUGUGUGAAUGUGUGAGUUUUAUCCGUUAUUUUUUUCUUCCUUGCGGAAAGUUUCACUGCACUCGACUUGCAUUUUGUACCAACACUGAGCCACUCUGCUGCCAAUGUUGAUAAUUCACCUGUUUUAACCGAGUAGUUCGAUCCACACUGUUCACGUUGUCAGUCGCACAUUAAAAUCAGAUCACAUCAUCGUCACUGAGCGUUGGCCAUCUUAAAUCCACCGUCUUGAAGCCUUGUUAAACUGUGGCUCUUUUGGUGUUAACAGUGUUUUGUGUGGUUGAUGUAAAACAACAGACGCCACAGCUCAGUUCUCAGAAGAAAAAAGAAAAGAUGAAAACCUGUUGGAUCGACUUGACAGCAGUUUUGUGGAUUAUAGCUGUGUAAUAAUAAGGAACAAGCGUCUGCUUGUGGAAUCAAAAUAAACCAACUGUGCUGUUUGAA